UGGCGUCUCAGGCGAGACCUUUUCACGAUAUGUAUGAAAUCAAGGAGGAACUUGGAAGAGGAGCCUUUAGUGUAGUUCGUAAAUGUGUUCUGAAGGAAGGUAAAGUCGAAUUUGCCGUGAAAAUUCUCGACACGCGAAAGAUGACCUCGCGCGACAUCCAGAAAGUUGAGCGAGAGGCUCGGAUUUGUCGGGGUCUAAGACAUCCCAAUAUCGUCCGUCUUCACUCUAGCAUCCUAGAAGAAGGUUUCUAUUACCUGGUGUUUGAUCUGGUCACUGGUGGAGAACUCUUCGAGGAGAUUGUAGCCCGAGAGUACUACAGUGAGGCAGACGCCUCUCACUGCAUACAGCAAGUGUUACAGAGUGUUCUGCAUUGUCACGACAGCAAUAUAGUGCACAGGGAUCUGAAACCCGAAAAUCUUCUCCUCUCUAGCAAGGAAAAAUCAGCGAUAUGCAAACUAGCUGACUUUGGAUUGGCAAUCGAAGUCGAAAACGGCAAAUUAGGGUGGUUCGGUUUCGCCGGGACGCCGGGAUAUUUAUCUCCGGAGAUUUUGAAGAAGGAAGCAUACAACAAGGCGGUGGAUUUGUGGGCUUGUGGAGUGAUUCUGUACAUUCUUCUGGUAGGCUAUCCUCCUUUUUGGGACGAAGAUCAGCAGAAACUGUACAGUCAGAUUAAGGCAGGGGCCUACGACUUUCCCUCUCCAGAAUGGGACAGUGUGACAGAAGAAGCCAAAGAUCUUAUUAACAAAAUGCUCACUGUAGAUCAAAGUAAAAGGAUCACAGCAGCAGAUGCCUUGAAACAUCCUUGGAUUGUGAAUAGUGAACGGAUUGCCUCGAAAGUUCAUCGCCAAACUACUCUCGAUGGUUUGAGAAGAUUUAACGCCCGACGGAAACUGAAAGGGGCAAUUCUCACCACACUUUUAGCGACGCAUAAUUUUAGCGGCUCGAGAAAGAAGAAGGGAUCUGAUGAGGAUGUAAUGGCGACUCAUCCCGAAGAAACAGAUGGUACCACCCAAGCCAGUGCGCAGCCGCAGUGGAAAUCGCAGAAAGAACAGGAAAUAAUCCGCCUAACGCAGCAACUGAUAACCAGUAUAACCACUCAAGAUUACGACACGUACAGCAAGCUCGUCGACUCCCACGUAACAGCAUUCGAACCAGAAGCAAUUGGAAAUCUUGUCGAGGGUCUAGAGUUUCACAAGUUUUACUUUGAUAACGUGCUGCGUCAACGCAACGCGCCCACAAAUACCACGAUUCUCUCGCCUCAUGUGCACAUUCUAAGCGCAGAAGCUGCGUGCAUCUCGUACGUGCGCCUGACCCAGCGAAUCGGAAGCAACGGCGAACCAGUGACGGACCAAUCAGAGGAGACUCGAGUGUGGCAGUUAAAGAACGGGCACUGGGUAUGUGUUCAUCUACACAGGUCUGCGUCCACCAAAGGACGUUAGAAUAAUGGUGAUUGAAUCUUCUUAGAGAACUGUUACGGGAACUAAGUGAACAUUUUGUGACAAUCAAUUAUGUAUUGAGUAUCAAGCGGGUCAAGGCAUGGGCCUGGGCAUUCAUACCAUUGAAUUUUGAAUUGUCAAGACUGAGUUAUUUAACUGUAUGAGCUCAGAGAGUAAAAAGUGACUCUUUUUUUUUCUAGAACGUAUCUUUACCACUGAGCUAAGGAACUGUUGAAAUUGAAUUGUGAAGGUGUUAUUACUCAAAUCAAAACACCAAUCCGGUUUUCCUAAGGGAGCAUCAGUUAUUGAAUGGAAUUUUAUUGUAGCCGAGCACUUGAAUGUAAAGAAUAUGAAUAUAAUUAUAGAUACAUACAAUUGCAAAGUUGAUAUAUAAUAUUAGACAUUACUAGUUAUCAUUUAUUGCUUAUAGAUAAAGAAUUGAUAGUUAAUAGCACCGAUUGCUUGAUGGGAUUGAUUACGGCUCGGUUUGAGAAAUGUGAACACUUUCAUUUUGUCUUGUUUUUCAAUUUUUGGCUGCAACGUCUCUUUUUACGAAUCUCCAGAAUUGCCUGAAUUAUGUAUCUGUCUUGAGUCAAAUGGGAGACGGUUUCUUUGCAUAUUUUGAAUUAGUCUGUAUUACUGAAUUGAAAGUAAGGCCGUCCGUUUUUCAUUAUCUAAUUUUUCGAUAAGACAGCCACAAUUUCUUUUUUCGUCUAUGAUUUAAACACAUCCCACAAGAUCCACUCAUCCCAUAAGUGAUAUUUGUUGUAUUUGACUUCUUGUCGAUCAGUGAGACCUUACAAUAACUUUGUUAUAUUUAAAGAACUCCAGCUUUUGUGCAGUAGAUGUAUUUUCUCCUUUUAGAUGGGAUUGGCGUUUAUACAAAAUUAUCAUUCAAAGAUCCCCCUCUGUUAGUAAUGUGAAUGUUCUUCCAUUAAGGUUUUUCUCCUCUAUAUACUACUGGGAAGGUUUGGACAAACGCGGGAAUAUAUCGAUAGUACUGUUUAUUGAAGGAAGGUGGCCUUUUCAAUGACUUCGUACCCAAAUUCUCUUGGCGAAAUUUGAACAGUGGCUGUUAAAUAGCUGAUACGAAAAUACGAAAUGGUUAAGUGGGAUCUUCUUGGAAACGAUGUGACUGAUCACAAUCUGAACAUAAAUAGCUUAAAGGCAAGGGAAGGAAGACUGUGUGAGCUACUCAUCACUGACUUAAUUAUGUAUGUAACUAGUUAAGAUCUGGUGUAGCUCACGGUUGUAAAGCAGCGCAGGAUUCUCAGAGUCUUAUUACUUCAAAUUACUCCUGUCAUAUUUCUGUAUUGUGAUGAGAAAGAGGUGCGUAGAGGAGUUAUUGUGGUGUACAACGAACCUGAGAUAUUACCUGUAGUGUAAUUGGUCAACCAUCUUUCAAUUGUUAUUUCAUUAAACCCUUAGCAAACUUAAAACACUUGAAGUUAUAAUUAUACAAAUGUAGUGGACUGUGCUAGUCUUCAAUUGAUGGCUAGAGCAGCUGUAAGAUCUUUCAUUCAGUGAUGCAAGAAAAUGGAAACGAGAUCCUUGCUAUGUAAUGACAGCGUGUUAUGUUAUAUCUAGAAUAAUGAGUGUUCACUGAUCGAUAAGCCCUCGAGAAAUGACAGUAAUAAUUGUAAGAGUUAGUGACUGAGUUCGAAUUCCAAGCAAUUAAGAAAAAAAUUAUGCACCUUAGAAAUAACGUUAGACGGUAUAUUUUAGAAGCGCAUGUCUCGCUUGUGCCAUCAUGGCAUCGUUCUUAGAACUGAACUAUAACGCUAUAGGAUAAUUUUGUGAAUUCGAACAACGUACUGUGCUACUUAAAACUGAUCGAUUAUUUACUCGCUAAUAACGUAAGGAUUAUGGAACCGGUCAAUAUAUAUAUCACCCUAGGGGGAAGAGGAGGGGGGAGGGUGGAGGAUUUAAGUUGUGUCACGACAAAAUUUAUCUGGUCCCCCUGAUAAGGUCUCCUGACUAUUCUUAUGUUUCCCUUCCCCCCCCCCCCUCCAAUUGGUAAUCACUUCUCAAUAGUACCAUCUUUAUACUCUGCCGCUGGCGACUGAUGCCCCUUCCGUUCCCCCCGUAGAAAAAAAAAAAACAUGUGAUCCCCAAAAGUCCUAUGCCCCCUAGCGAUAAAUAAUGGCUGGUUACUAGUCUCGCACCCAGACCUUUCACGGUCAAGCGAUUGCAUUUCAGUUACAGUUACACGGCAGGAUCUGGGAGCGAAAUUAGACUGGUCCCCAAGUGACAAAGAAAUGUUUCCGUGUUUACCAAACUCAUCUUAACACAAGGGGCGUAGGGAAAAUAAGACAGUUAUGCACUUCGGCCGCGUCUCGUGUUCAUCCUUAAAGGAUCCCUUCCAACCACAAUACAUUGCGCGCGCGAUAUGUGACAUCCGCCAUUUUCUCUGCCAUCCGGUA